CAACUGUACAUUUUCUAUUAUUUCUCGAGUUUUCGAUAGCACUCCCUGUAACCUGAAAAUAAAAAUUAAUCAUUGGACUAAAUACAUAUCAGAUAUGAAGGAUUGUUGUGUUUGCCAAGAAAACAACUCAAUUUAUAAAUGUCCAAUCUGUGUUCAAUUUUAUUGUUCAGUGACUUGUUAUAAGUCUCACAAGGAAGCUGGCUGCGAAGUUCCACCAGCCAAAGUAUCAGCAGAGCUUCAUGAAUCGGUUAAAUAUAAUUUUCCCACCGAAGACACAGUGCCGCGGGAAAAACUAGAAUUGCUUGGUCACAGUAAAGAAGUAAAAAAAUGUUUGGAGAAUCCUCAUGUUCGUGAUAUUGCUCAAGCUAUACUAAACAAUCCGAAUCCAACAAAAGCAAUUGCUUUAGCUAUGACUGAGCCCAUUUUUGUUGAACUCGCAGACGCUUGUUUGAGAGUCGUUGAACCAAUUGAUACAAUGAACAGGAUUAUUAGCAACAUAAUACUCUAAAUCUGCUGGUGGAUUUUCGCCAUCAACUUCUAAGCCCAGAGCAUGGUAUCGUUUUCUAACGUGAUAAGCUGCCAUUUUUGGUUCUCUAUUUCUUUAAUAAUGUGUACGAACUUUGAGCUGUUCGGAAGUCGGCAAAGUUCCAGAUGAAUUCGCCAAUGAACCAGUUCUGUUGCCGUAAAUAGUCAAAGGCCAAAAAGUGUCGAGAGAGAAGUGCAGUUUGAUAUUCUUCACUCCAAACGUAUUCAGGAAACUGUAAAUUAGUAAAUGAAAACAAGUCACUUAUGUGUAAAUCAGUGGAAUCUCAAAUAAUUUAAUGACCGGCCGGAGAGUGAUGAAUCUAUAAUUUCUUUUCAUUAUACUCGAAUUUUUGAAUAAGUUGCAAUCUAUUGUUAUAAGUUGCAAUCAAUUUAUUCUUUUAUCUAUCCACAAAAAUCAUCUUUAAGUGUAACACUGUCUAAAGUAUAAAUAUUUGAAUCAAAUCGCUAAUUAUUGAUACUAAUAACUUCAAGUAGGCUUCGUGUUUCUAAUUUUAUUAUUUUGUAUUAUUUUUAUAUUGAAAAGUGUUUGAUAAGUUAAGAAUUCUAAACAACGAUGAAAAACAAUGUUACAAGGUACUCUAUAAGAUCAUCAAAGUCCAAAUGUAAUUAUGAUCACCUGACGAAGCAAAAAUCAAAUUUGCAAAACGUUGCGUAAAAUAAUGAAUAAUGAUAUUUAUUAAUAAAAAAAAAAAAAAAAAAACUAACAAAUGAGAUAAAUAUUGAUAGAGAUAAUUGUCAAAAAUAUUUGGAAUUUAAGUUAGGUUGAUAUCAUAACAAAUAAUAUUAAUUACUAUAUAAAAACACAACUUAGUGAUGGCUCGUGAAGCGAUCAAAAGUGGAAGUUAUUAUUUAUUUAUAUAGAUUAAUUUUUCUUAGGAAUCAUGAAUCAUGAAGUAUGAACAUGAAUAAUUAUGCUCGAAUUCAUGUCUAUGAAUUUAAUUUUUUUGUAGAUUGUAUUGUAAAAUGAGAAAUUUUCAUUAAGGAAGUCCUUUCGCUCCAAUUGAGUCAAAACAAUUGUAGUAGUUAAUAUACGAUAAAUUAAAAUAAAAAACCCAUAAAAAUUCCUAAAAUUAAAUAAUAAAUAGUAUAUGAGGCAUUAAUCGUUGAAAUUUUGAAAAUAAAAAAAAAAAUAGUUAAAUACAAAAAUUAAUUUGACUCUUUCAAAUCAGCUGCUAGUAACCUGUCCGUAAUUUGGCAACGCUGUACUUCGGUUGUUUACAUUUUCAUUUGCACAAUAUAACUUUAACCACGUUUAAGUUUUUGCAGUCAGUGUUAAUAAAUAAAUUAGUU